AUGUUGCAUCCUAAACUGGGUCGCUUGCUGAACUUGGUCUACUACCACGCCGUACUCUUCGGCCUGAUGGGCGCCACCCUGGAGAUUCGUUCCUACGGAAAAAGAGUGCGCCUGGAGAAGACCACCUGGCUCUACCUGAUCUACAGCUUUUUCAUAAGCAGCUUCCUGCUCCUCAACAUCUUCUUCAUGUUGCCCAGGGCCCUGUUGGAUGGAUACAUCAAGUACAAUGUCAUCCUCCAGUGGAAUUUCUUUGUCAUGAUUGGCUUGCGUUUGCUGGCCAUUUUGGGAUGCUAUGGAACCAUUUGGCUGAGGCGCCAGGACAUCAUUCAGUUGACCAAGGACUCGCUGAUUUAUUGGAAAAGAUAUAGGAAGCUAUUGAGGCUUAAAGUGGACAAGAGGGAACUCAGGGAGCUGCAGCUAUCCCUGGCCAAGGUGAUGGGCCAGAAGGUGUUUGUGCUCUACUCCACCAUUCUCUGCUCCACUGUGGUCCAGUUCCAGCUGCUCAGCGUGAUCAACAAACACAGUCUACUGGCACUAGCAGCGAGGCUCUCGCAUUUCCUCCAUUUUCUGGCUGUCAAGAUGGGCUUCUGUGGGUUGCUUCUGCUGCUGGAUCAUCAAUUCAUGGUCAUCCACCUGGCCCUAGCCGCUCUUCACAAGGAGAAGGGCCGUGGGAAGUGGAAGACCCUACGCACCAUAGCCCGCAUGCACUUGGAAACCCUACAGCUGGCCAGAAGAGUCUUCAGGCUGUAUGAUCUGGCCAAUGCCACCUUAUUCCUUAACAUGUUCAUGACCACCGUGAACAUCCUGUACCAUGCCGUCCAGUACAGCAAUGAGACCAUCAAGAGCGAUGGCUGGGGCGUGAUCUUUGGCAAUGGAUUGAUUGUGUUUAAUGUCUGGGGAACCUUUCUGCUGAUGAAUAUUUUGGACAGGGUGUUGAGUGCCUGCAACAAUGUGGGGGAACAGUUAAAGGAUUUUAGCGAUAUUCCCAAGGCCAAAGGCAGACUUCAAAGGGAGUUGGAUGACUUUGCAUUGCAACUAAGACGCAACCACUUGGUCUACAAAAUCUGCGGAAUUGUAGAACUGGACAAACCCGCUGGGCUGAGUUAUAUAGGCUCGAUCCUGAGCCAAGUAAUUAUCCUGAUGCAGUUUGAUUUGAACCGGCAAAGGCAGCCCAACUAUCAUCAUCAGUACCUCACACAAUUGGUGAGGAACAAAACGCAGGCAGAAUAA